AUGUCCAGUUUAGCAUCAUGCGCACUGCGGUCGGCGAGCCGCAAGGCUGCCGUCGCCUCUCCUCUACGAACCUUGCCUCGAGCUGCUUUGGCGGUAUCAAGAACCAACAGAACGGCGAGGCGAGGAUAUGUGACCGAGUCCAAGCAGGAUCAGGCCCGCGUGGAAACCGCCAUCAAACUGGAUAAGAAGGACUUCGCGGAUAUCCCUCCUCCGCCCAUGGGCGCGCCAGCAGAUGCCAGAGUCAGCCCCAUGGCUGAAGUUCUCAAGCAAGCUGCUGUCAUGGAAGAAGGGCAGCGACCUAUUUAUCUCGACAUGCAAUCGACCACGCCAGUUGACCCUCGCGUUCUCGAUGCCAUGAUCCCUUAUUACGUCGGCGUCUACGGAAACCCUCAUUCUCGGACACAUGCGUACGGCUGGGAGAGUGAAAAGGCUGUCGAGGAGGCUCGCGAGCAUAUUGCCUCACUGAUUGGUGCUGAUCCAAAGGAAAUUAUCUUUACCUCAGGCGCCACUGAAAGUAACAACAUGAGCAUCAAGGGCGUUGCCAGAUUCUUCGGUCGCUCUGGCAAGAAGAACCACAUUAUCACAACACAAACCGAACACAAAUGUGUGCUCGACAGUUGCCGACACUUGCAGGAUGAGGGUUUCGAAGUUACAUAUCUGCCUGUCCAGAAUAACGGAUUGGUCAAUAUGGAGGACCUCGCGGCCGCCAUCAAGCCUGAAACUGCCCUGGUCAGUAUCAUGGCUGUCAACAAUGAGAUUGGUGUUAUCCAGCCCAUCGAGGAGAUUGGCAAGCUUUGCCGUUCAAAGAAGGUCUUUUUCCACACCGACGCCGCCCAGGCUGUGGGCAAGAUUCCCCUGGACGUCAAUGCCAUGAACAUUGAUCUCAUGUCAAUUUCAUCACACAAGAUCUAUGGCCCCAAGGGUAUUGGUGCCUGCUACGUUCGAAGACGGCCCAGAGUCAGAUUGGACCCCAUCAUCACUGGUGGUGGUCAGGAGCGUGGACUCCGAAGCGGCACUCUCGCGCCGCCGCUGGUUGUGGGCUUUGGCGAGGCUUGCCGCAUUGCUAAGGAAGAGAUGGAGUACGACUCUAAACGAAUCAAGACCCUAUCCGACCGACUUCUUAGCGGGCUCCUGUCGUUGGAGCACACACAGCAAAAUGGUGACGAGAAUGCUUUUUACCCUGGCUGUGUCAAUGUCUCGUUCGCCUAUGUCGAGGGCGAGUCACUGCUCAUGGCUCUCAAGGACAUUGCUCUUUCUUCCGGCAGUGCAUGCACUUCCGCGUCUCUAGAGCCCAGCUACGUUCUCCGAGCACUUGGAAACAGUGACGAGAGCGCUCAUAGCAGUAUCCGAUUUGGUAUUGGCCGCUUCACCACUGAGGCUGAAAUUGAUUAUGUCUUGAAGGCUGUGCAGGAGAGGGUCAACUUUUUGCGGGAGCUGAGCCCUCUCUGGGAAUUGGUGCAGGAGGGUAUUGAUCUCAAUACUAUCCAAUGGAGCCAGCAUUAA